AUGGAACAAAGGAACAACGUGACUGAGUUUGUGCUCUUGGGGCUCACUCAGAGCCUCCAGGGUCAGAAAAUAUUAUUUGCUGUGUUCCUGCUGGUCUAUGUGUUGACAAUGGCAGGAAACCUACUCAUUGUCAUCACCGUGGUGCUCAGCCCUGCCUUGGAUUCUCCAUUAUUCUUCUUUCUUGGCUACUUAUCAUUUAUGGAUGCUGUUUAUUCUAACACAGUUACUCCACAUAUGAUGAUAGACUUACUCCAUGUAAGGAAAACCAUUUCUUUCCAAGCUUGUAUGACUCAGCUGUUUUUUGAACAUUUCUUUGGUGGUGCUGAGAUUUUACUCCUGGUUGUCAUGGCUUAUGAUCGCUAUGUGGCUAUCUGCAAACCCCUGCAUUAUCUGACCAUCAUGAACCGACGGCUCUGUGUUCAGUUGUUGUUAUUGGCUUGGGCUGGAGGUUUCAUGCAUGCUGUGUCCCACAUUCUUUUCAUUUACAGUCUUCCUUUCUGUGGCCCCAAUGUCAUUGAUCACUUCAUGUGUGACAUGUAUCCCUUAUUAAAACUCAUCUGUACAGACACCUACUUUAUUGGCCUCACAGUGGUAACCAAUGAUGGUGUCAUCUGUGUGGCCAUCUUUACAACCUUGCUCAUCUCUUAUGGAGUCAUUCUGCACUCCCUGAAGAACUUGAGUCAGGAAGGGAGACGCAAGGCCUUAUCCACCUGUGGCUCCCACAUCAUGGUGGUUGUCCUCUUCUUUGUCCCUUGCAUUUUUCUAUAUGUGAGGCCCCCUUCUACCUUGCCCAUUGAUAAAUCCUUGACAGUGUUUAACACUGUUAUCACUCCUAUGUUGAAUCCCCUUAUCUAUACUCUGAGAAAUGCAGACAUGAAAAAUGCCAUUACAAGGCUCUGGACUAGGAAACAACACAAAUUAGGUAUCAGGGAAAUAUAUGUUCCAAGGAGCAAUUUAUGUUCCAUGAAUUGUUUCAUGUUUAGGGGAAACCAUGAGUGA